GGGCUCAGUAUUUAAAUGCACUUUGUCCUCAGCGUUGGUGGAAGAGACGAAGGUUUCUCCGGCCGCGGGACUCCCUCAGGGGUUUUUCAUUGGGACGGGAUAGAAAGACAUUUGGUGGGCUGGAGUUCUGCUGUGACCUUGAGUUUCCGAGGACUCGCUCUGGAUUUACUGGCCUUGUUUUUGGUCCGCCUCGUGAAUCGAAUCGCACCUGUCGCAGGUCCGAGUCCACGCACCAUGACGGGGAUUCUGCUGCUCCUGAUGCUGUGGGGCUGUGAGAGCGUGAGCGUGGCAGAAAACCGAGACGACAACAGCGUGUAUGACCUGUUCGAGCUGGUCCAAGUGCCCAAGAAGAAGAACCACGGAGUCACCCAGGUGAAGGGAGACGAUCCGUACAGCCCCGCCUACAAGAUCCUGAACCCGGAGCUGAUCCCCCCGGUGCCCCAGGCCGCCUUCAGGGACCUGAUCGACUCCAUCCACGCCGAGAGAGGCUUCCUGCUCCUGCUCAACUUCAAGCAAUUCAAGCGGACGCGCGGCAGCCUGCUGACCGUGGAGAAGCAGGACGGUUCCGGUCCGCUCUUCGAGAUCGUGUCCAAUGGGAAGGCGAACACGCUGGAUAUCGGUUUCGCCACCGAGGACAAGCAGCAGGUGGUCUCCAUCGAGGACGUGGAUCUGGCCACGGGCCACUGGAAGAACAUCACGCUGUUGGUGCAGGAGGACCGCGCGGAGCUUUACGCGGGGUGCGAGGAGGUGAACACGGCCGAACUGGACGCUCCCAUCCAGAGCAUCCUGAGCCCGGAUACCCCCGCGAGCGCCCAGCUGCGGAUCGGCAAAGGAGCCGUGAAGGACAGGUUCAUGGGAGUUCUGCAGAACGUGCGCUUCGUGUUUGGGACGACCCUGGAGGCCAUCCUGCGCAACAAAGGAUGCCAAAGCUCCAGCGACACCACGAUCCUGGAGAACCUGAACGGCUCCUCGGCCAUCAGGACGGAAUACACCGGCCACAAGACCAAAGACUUGCAGAUGGUGUGCGGCUUCUCCUGUGAGGAUCUGGUCAGCAUGUUCAAAGAGCUGAAGGGUCUCGGCGUGGUGGUCAAAGAGCUGUCCAACGAGCUCCGUCAGCUGACGGACGAGAACAAGCUGAUCAAAAACCGCAUCGGCAUCCACAGCGGCGUCUGCAUCCACAACGGCAUCGUGCACAAGAACCGAGAGGAGUGGACGGUGGACGACUGCACCGAGUGCACCUGCCAGAACUCUGCAACGGUCUGCCGCAAGAUCUCCUGCCCCCUGAUCCCCUGUGUGAACGCCAGCGUGCCCGACGGAGAGUGCUGCCCGCGCUGUGGAACGCCGAGCGACUACGCGGAGGACGGCUGGUCGCCCUGGUCUGAAUGGACCCAUUGUUCUGUGUCAUGUGGGCGGGGCAUCCAGCAGCGCGGACGCUCCUGCGACCGCAUCAAUAACAACUGCGAGGGGACCUCCGUGCAGACCCGGGACUGCUACCUCCAGGAGUGCGACAAGCGCUUCAAGCAGGACGGAAGCUGGAGCCACUGGUCACCCUGGUCAUCCUGCUCAGUCACCUGUGGCGCCGGUCUCAUCACCCGUAUCCGUCUCUGCAACUCCCCCCACCCCCAGUUCGGAGGCAAAGACUGCGAGGGAGACGGUCGUCAGACUAAGACGUGUCAAAAGUCUCCAUGCCCCAUCAAUGGCAACUGGGGUCCCUGGUCGCCAUGGGAUAGCUGCACCCUCACGUGUGGUGGGGGUCUGCAGACCCGCAAACGACUGUGCAACGAUCCGAUCCCAAAAUAUGGCGGCAAAGAGUGCGUGGGCGACGGCAGAGAGAGUCAGGCCUGCCACAAGAAAGCCUGUCCAAUCGACGGAUGCCUGUCCAACCCGUGCUUUGCUGGAGUCAAGUGCACCAGCUUCCCAGACGGCACCUGGAAGUGCGGCAAGUGCCCGGUCGGCUACAGCGGCAACGGAAUCAAGUGUAAAGACGUCGACGAGUGUAAAGAAGUUCCAGAUGCCUGCUUUGAGUUUAACGGCGCGCACCGCUGCGAGAACACGGAUCCUGGCUACAACUGCCUGCCUUGCCCCUCACGCUACUCAGGACCACAGCCGUUUGGCAGGGGAGUCGAGCAGGCGGCCGCCAACAAGCAGGUGUGCACGCCACGAAACCCCUGCCUGGAUGGAAGCCACAACUGCAACAAGAACGCUCGCUGUAAUUACCUGGGACAUUUCUCCGAUCCGAUGUUCCGUUGCGAAUGCAAGCCAGGCUACGCUGGGAACGGUCACAUCUGCGGCGAGGACACGGACCUGGACGGAUGGCCGAACAAUGACUUGCUUUGUGUGGAGAACGCCACUUACCACUGCAAAAAGGAUAACUGCCCCAACCUCCCCAAUUCCGGCCAGGAAGAUUACGACAAGGAUGGCAUUGGGGAUGCCUGUGACAACGACGACGACAAUGACGGCAUUCCGGACGACAGGGACAACUGUCCCUUCAUCUACAACCCGAGACAGUACGACUACGACCGCGAUGAGGUGGGAGACCGCUGCGACAACUGUCCCUACAACAGCAAUCCAGACCAGACAGACACCGACAACAACGGAGAGGGAGACGCCUGCGCCGUGGACAUCGACGGGGAUGGCAUCGUCAACGAGAGAGAUAACUGCCCCCACGUUUACAACGUGGACCAGAGAGACACGGAUCUGGACGGAGUGGGAGACAUGUGCGACAACUGCCCUCUGGAACAUAAUCCGGAUCAGGUGGACUCGGAUGACGACCGCGUGGGCGACAAAUGCGACAGCAACCAAGACAUCGACGAGGACGGACACCAGAACAACCUGGACAACUGCCCGUACAUUCCCAACGCCAAUCAGGCAGAUCACGACAAAGACGGCAAGGGAGACGCCUGCGACCACGACGACGACAACGACGGCAUCCCUGAUGACAAGGACAACUGCAGGCUGGCCGCCAACCCUGAUCAGCUGGACUCUGACGGUGACGGUCGUGGAGACGCUUGCAAGGACGACUUUGACCAAGACAACGUGCCGGACAUCUAUGACGUGUGUCCAGAGAACUUUGACAUUAGCCAGACAGACUUCCGCAAGUUCCAGAUGGUUCCGCUGGAUCCAAAGGGUACAUCCCAAAUUGACCCCAACUGGGUUGUCCGUCAUCAGGGCAAAGAGCUGGUCCAGACUGUCAACUGUGACCCCGGCAUCGCUGUCGGCUACCAUGAGUUUAACGCGGUGGACUUCAGUGGAACCUUCUUCAUCAACACGGAGAGGGAUGACGACUACGCUGGCUUCGUCUUCGGUUACCAGUCGAGUUCCCGGUUCUACGUGGUGAUGUGGAAGCAGAUUACUCAGACGUACUGGUCCAACAAGCCCACCAAGGCCCAAGGGUACUCUGGUCUGUCCAUCAAGGUGGUGAACUCCACCACUGGCCCAGGAGAGCACCUGAGGAACGCCCUCUGGCACACAGGCAACACUGCGGGACAGGUGCGCACUCUCUGGCACGACCCCAAGAAUGUGGGAUGGAAAGACUUCACUGCCUACAGGUGGCAUCUGAUCCACAGGCCGAGAACAGGACUCAUCAGAGUGGUGAUGUACGAGGGGAAGAAGAUCAUGGCGGAUUCUGGCAGCAUCUACGACAGGACCUACUUAGGCGGCAGACUGGGUCUCUUUGUCUUCUCUCAGGAGAUGGUUUACUUCUCGGACCUCAAGUAUGAAUGCAGAGACGUAUAGGGAGCUCUGAAGGUUGCACCUUCGUCUAGUAUGAACUCUUCUAUCCAUUAUAAAGUCCGGGAUCCGUUUUUGCCCCCGCAAGGCUUUCUUCCGUCGGGACGGGGUGAAGGGCGUGUGCUUGGCCGAGGAUCAGAGAGCCCCUUCUCCUCCACCCCCAUCAUCCGUGGGAGCUGGCUGGAGGAAAGACAGACAACAUUCCCUCUCUCUUCAGCAGGACAGCAGCAACCUUCUGCUCUACCUGCUCUCUGAAAGACCUCAUUCAUCCGCCAGCGGGAACGGCUCCCCCAGUAUGCACUUCCAAACAUAUCUCUCCUCGUCCAUCGGACUCCUCUCCCCAGCGUCGUGUUUGUAGCUUUUGGACGCACAUCCCAAAGAAACCUUUGCUUUACGUUGAUGCACAUUGAAUGUAGAUGAUGACUGAAGCAACAUUUUGUGUCGGGCCAAAGGUGUGUGUGUGUGUGUGUGUGUGUGCGUGCGUGUGUGCGUGCAAGUAUGGGGGAGGAAAGUCGUGUUCAAAGAGAGAGGAGUCCACUUUGAACAAGCAAGUCUGUGCGGACGUCUGGUUUACCUGCGACUCUCAGGAAAAGAUGGACCUCUGUCUUAGCCGUUGAGCUUGAUUCGCUAACAUUAGCAAACAUGACUUUCCAUCGGUGGCAGUGCCCCAGUCAAAAAAGCUGAUGUGCUCAUGUUGAGAUGGAUAGACUUGAAAGGAAAGUGAGGGUAAACGACAUGCCAACAACAGCAGAAGCUUCUAGGCUAAUGUGAUCCGCCGCCCCUCGAGUGAUGCUUCAUCUCGUCAUACUGCUGAUUCUCCGCCAGCUUUCACCCUCACACACGCACCGUGUCUUCAGGAAACUGUUUCACUUAACUGCGCUAAUGGCUAAAUCGCACUCUCAGUUUUUUGAUUUUCCUUACGCAACGUGAGAGACCUAGCGUAGCACUCUGACUAGCAGGACCAAUCCGGAGGCUGAAGAGGAGGGACUUGAGCUGGCUGGACUGUCGUACAGGCCUGAUGUCCGGGAGGUAGCUAACUGCUAACCGCCAUUCCUGAUGCUAGUAUCCCGCUAACCCUCACCGUGGAGGAUGAAUGAGACAUGAUGUAAAUAGGUGUAAUUUAUUGACGCCUGCCUACAGUGUAGGUAAAGGUCAUUUGAGACACUUUAAAAAGACCAAAAAAAAAGUUUUGGAGUGUUUGCUGGGAUCUGUCGUCUGUCUGACGCGUCUUCUCCCCCGAUGGAAAACAAGGAAAUGUUUGAUCCAAAUGUUACCUCAGUGCUGUUUAACAGUUGGCCUGAAUAUCACGCCAUGUUUCCAUCCUUCUCUCUGGCUCCUGUAGCAUGACUUGUAAAGGGUUUCCUCCGGUCCUGGUCCCCACUCUGGGAAGAGUGGGAGACAAACCUCCCUCCUGAAAUGCUGAUAAAUGAUUAGUUUUCUGCGCAGCUGGUGGGAGUAGAUGUGCGCGUGUGUGUUGUAGAUAUGUGCUAUUUAAGUAAUUUAUCAGGAUGGGGCGCCUGGCGUCCGUCUGUAUAAACGGUUUGCUCUGCACUGAUGUGAGGAGUUUCCAUCUUUACUUUUGCUGUAUCCAUGUCAUUUGUGGACCAUUAGAUGUUUGGUUUUUGUUGUUUGCUUGUCAAGUCAUUUUCGUAGAUGUACAAAGCAUCAAAGGUUUUAUAGUGAUUAUUUUCUUACACACUUUACUACAAUAAA